AUGACUGCAGAAUCAGAUGCAAGGAUCCAAUCACUUCUAUCAUCUGUUUCUCCAAGGACACUUUUUCAAUACAAAACAAACUACUCUCGCUAUAUCUCGUGGUGUGAAAGCAAACAACUAAUACCGUCUUCAGAGAACAUAAAUGAUGAUCAAGAACCAUUGUUUGAAACGUUACCCAUCUCAGCGAGAUUAUUCCAUUGCUUUAUUAUAGACGCAUAUUUUGGUUCCAAUACUAAUGUAUCACAAAAUAAAGAUGAGGCUGACUUUGAACAGUUAACGAUUUCAAUGACGGAAUCCAAUGGUGCUACAAAUAUUAAACUUCUUAAGAAGACCAUACAUAGCCUGAAAUUUCUAUUCAAACUUUGCCAAAUUUACAACGAGCAACUACCUCCUCUUGAUGAAUCAUACCUUCAUGGUAUAAUUGAUUUGCAUACCUUCUGGAACUCUUUAUUAAAUGAUGGCUCUAAAUUUCUGAUAGAAGGCCAUGACGGUACAUUUAAAAUCAAUCAAAACCUAACUAAGAGUCCAACGUUCCAACUAUUAAAAAUAUCAAUGAAUCUUUGGAAUCCUCAAACAACUAAUCUAUCAAAGAUAUAUUUCAAUUCGGCCUUAAAGAAACAUAGUCUUUUGCUUGAUUUCUACUUUUCAAAUAUUUUAAGAUUAUCAUAUAGUCAGAAGUCCUUAUUAACAUUGAACAAAUUGAAAGUUCAUUUCCAAUCAGCAUCGACACAGUUCCCUCUUUUGUCGCUAGACUUAUACUCAACUACAAGGAAUGAUGUGACACAUCAACCCAUCAAUAUAGUAGCUCAAGAUUGUCCUAUUGUAUGUCCUAUAAAUAAUCUAGCAUGCUAUUUAUUUUUAAAAUUUUAUGGAGAAAACGGUAUAGGAUUUCCCAAAGACCUAGAGACUCAAAUUCCAUUAUUGAGUAAAAACAAUUCAGAUAAGGCACUCGAUUAUCCUGAUGAACUUUAUUUAAAUUCAUCAUAUUUGACGAUCUACAAUUAUUGUAACCUAUCAUACGAUAAGGACGAUCAGGCUGACGAUGAUGGUAUAAAAUUCCCCACAUGGGAUAAUGAAGAAUAUGCUACAUUUUUUGAAGAAUCUAAUUUGGUAUCAAAAUCUGCGUUUAACUAUAAUGUCCCAUUGGACUAUAGCAAUAUUCUUAAUCUAAGAUAUCCGGGUGCUGCGACAGAAAAUUAUUUCAAAGUAAGAAGAAGGCCAUCAGAUAGUAUACUGAAGAAGUUUUUCCCUGAACUUGAUGAGAUUAGAGAAAACUCUACUACCUUGUCACCUGAAAUGGAAGACCUCAUAACUUUAUUAGAAACAUUAAGAUUAGUGUUUGUAUCAAAUUUGCCAAUCCUCUUCAAUCUUUUUCCUAAGCAUGAAAUCUUCCAAAUAGAAAAUUUUAAUGACGAUGAAUGUAAGAAAUACAUAUCAACAUUACCAACCUCGAAUGGAUCUCCCUUCAAAAUUUUCCCGGGUGUAAAUAUUCAAAAAUUUACCAAAUCACAUUUAUUUCAAUUAGUUAUGGAAAAUUCUCCUUCAGACAUAGAAGAAUUUCAAACAAGAUUACAUGUGGAGGAAGAAGAUAAUGAGAAACAAAACAAGAGUGAGGGAAAAAACGAAAUAAUAAGCGAAGGGGGAAAAUCAACUGCUCCAGAUGAGUCUGAUAACAAAAAAGAUAUUAACAGGGAUCCCACGUCUUCGUUGAACAAUAAAAGAUUAACUAAUUUAAUGAGCGCAAUAAAGAAGCAUAACAAUAAUGUAGAUCAUUUGAAUCCGAAUUCCAAAAAAUUGAACGGUGCUUUAAAUGAUGACCCUAAGAUGUCCAACUCUUCACAAAAGAAACAAAAAGUAUUGAAUAACCUAAUUAAACUGUCCCAAUCGGAAGAGGCGCAAACAACCACUACUAAAAAUACAAGGUCAGUAUCAAAUGAACCAAUGGGAACUAACAAUGAAUUUCAAUUUAUCCAAUUUCAAAAUAUGACAAAUUUUCAGAACAUGAUUCAAACAUUGGGUAAGAUUUUUGAUAAAGUUUCUGUUAAAAAGGAUGUAAAAGAAGCCAUUUCGGAGCAAUUAAACUCAUUAAAUGAUUCUAUGUUCCAACAAAUAAAUUUUGAUUCAUCUGAAAGGAAAAACUUUCUUAAAAAACAAAUAAUAAGUCAUAGUAAGGAAAAUAAUUUUCAAGAGUUAAGCCAAAAUAGUUCUUCUAAGAAACCUAAGAGAAAACGUGUUAGAAGAAAAAACUCAUUCAACCUAUUAGAUAUAUCUGAAGAUGAAAACGAAGAUUCUCUAUCAUCUUCGUCCACAUCCUCUUCUUCUAGCACAAGCAAACCUGUAAAGAGUGAGGGAGAAUUUGAUGAUGAAAGUGAGAAGGAAAGUGAUGACGAUGAUGCUGACGAGAAUAUGCAAGAAGAAUUGAAAUAUUUGGUCAAUGAGCUAGUUACUACCAGAGUGAACUCUAUUUUUAAAAACCAAAUGAAUCAAUUUGCAAGAAAAUUUGGUAAUAAGAUUGAAACCAUUGUUGAAAAUAUUGUGAAUCAAAAAUUCCAAGAAUUUGCUAAUUCUCAUAUGAACACUUCGAUGUCACCACAAAAUAAUUAUUUUGAAGAUGAUAGAAAUGAGCCAAGGACUACUACUGUAGUGAAAAGAAGACGACUCAAUAACGGUAGACAUCCUUCUUUUGAAUUAAAUGAAACGAGAACUCAAAUCAAAACUAGACGAGAUAACAGUGAUAUAAUCAUUAAGGAGACUCCACAAGCAGUUCGUCAAAUAUCAACGCCUAUGGCAACAGGCAGCCAGGUAUCAACACCAAUGUCCACCAGUUCAUCGACACCUAAGAUUGUCCCACUUUCCACUUCUAGAAAACCUCAGAAAGAAGAAUUGAAUUCUGUAUUUAAAUUGAAUCCCGAGUUAAACACGGUAAGUGAUGUUGUCACUGAAUGGUUUGAACCCAAUCCGAACAUGCAAAAUCAAUGCAUUCAUUUGUUGAACAAAUCAAAGGAUAAAUCGUGGAGAAAGAAACAAAUCCCUGGGUUAUACAAAGAUAGGAAGAUAAUAGUGGAAUUUUAUGUGUAUUUAAUUAAUACUGAAAAUUUCGAACGUGAGAAGGCGAUCAAAAUAUGUGAAGUAGUUAGAAAGAAACAACCAUUGACAUCACUAGCCAGAUUACUGAGGGAUUGGAAGAAGGAUCACAGUAACACGUUUAAGGGACUCUCUGAUCAAGUAUUUCUAUUUAUUUAG